GCCCUGCCGACUAUUGCUGAGAUUCGCGCGCGCACGCUCGAGAAGUUCGGGCGACGGCCAUGUCUCUGGCAAUGCAACGCGACACUCGCGCAGCUUCGCGGCGACAAGGAUGUGGUCUGCAUAUCCGGCACAGGCUCUGGGAAAACGCUCACGUUCUGGAUGCCACUCCUCUUCCGACCGGACGGCAUACAAGUUAUUAUCUCGCCUCUCAACAUUCUCGGGACCCAAAAUACCGAGCAACUCGCCCGGCUCGGAAUUCCCGCAUUUGCGUUCCGAGGCGAGACAGCCACCGCCGAGAACUUUCAGGCUGCCGAAGAUCUUCAAUUCCGCGUUCUUGUCGCAGGCCCGGAACUGGCCGUCAGGUCUUCACCUGGAUCUGGUUUUGACCGGCUGUGGAGGAACGAUAGGUUUAUGGAAAAGGUGAUCUCAAUCAUUUGGGAUGAGGGGCACUGUGUCAGUGCUUGGGGGCAUUUUCGGGAGGACUACCUCUGUGCAGCAAGAUUACGGCACAUCAUGUCGCGCGUUGUCCGCUUUUAUGUCCCCUCGGCAACCUUGCCCGAGCAUGUUCUUGUUGAUGUCAUGAGCAUCUUGCAGAUG